CAAGACGUGUCUGCAGAGGCUGCUGUGACUGCUGCAGCGGCACCGGCAGUCGCUCCGUGAUUGACAGCCAGGUCGGGCCACGACAGGCUGCAACCCGUCGACUUUUUGCCGUGCCCAACCUCUUGCAGUCUCGUCCUGCAGCCCUGACCUGCGUCAUCGGACAACUCACCGCUCGCCCUGCAGGCCGCUGUGCUGUCAAUGGCUGGCGGCCGGCAGCCCAACACGGCCCAAUUGGCUCGAUUCCAGGGGCGGGGCGCCGUCCGGGGCUCGCCUCGGCCCACUCACAAGCCGCCACGGCCGGCCGCCAACGACAAGCUCCAUGCACCCUAGCCCCGAGUCAGGCACAUGGCAUGGCAUGCAUGGCAUGGCGUUCCCAGCUCGGCUCCCGAGGAUGAGGCACGCAAGGGGAGCGAGCAUAAGGGGCGCGCCCUCCUCUCUCCCGACCCGGCUGGUGCGCGGCGGACGGGUUCCGCGUACUGUCUCAGAAGCUUGAUUCCACGCCAUCGAGACCCGAACCGCGCAAACAUGGCUCUGCGCACGCUGCUGGUUCUGGCCGCGCUGCAAUCGGGGGCGCUGUGUUCAGAGCAAAGCCGCGAGUUCUUCAGAUGGGACACUCCCGGCUCUCGCGCCGGCGACCUCGUGUACCGCCGCCAGACAGCACCGCCGGGCUACCACCCCGAGUUUGGCUCCUGCGGCAGCGGCACCACGUGUGAGAACGCGUGCGGCGCGAACUGGCUGUCGUGCAAUGCCUCGACCACGCUGUCCCUGUUCUGCUACAACCAGGCCGACCUCGGCCAGACGUGCUGCGAAAAUGGGUCUGGACGCGCGUGUGAGCGUGGCUACUACUGCGCAUGGCAGGAGCUUGGCAGCCGGGUCUGGUGCUGCGAAGAUGGGCAAAGCCUGGAGGAGUGCGGCGUGAGCGCCUCGACGACCGUGUCAGAACUCGUAACAACGACAUCCACCACCGUCACCAACACGGCGCAGACUGACACGACCACCACGCGCACCAACACCAACACGGAGACAACAAACCCCGGCCCCUCCUCGGGAACGGAGUCUAACGGCCAGUGCCCGACCGUCUCCGUCGCCACCGUCACCACCACCGUGACAGCGACCCCGUCGCCCACCGGAACCGGGUCCUCACAUUCACAAGGCCACACCGUGACCGUGUUUUCCACCGUCAGCGUGACCGUCACGGCGCCCAGCUGCUCGUCGUCAGGCACAGAAUCGACAUCGAAUCCUCCGCCAGUAACAACAAGCACCACAGCCGUGCUUCCGACGUCGCCGCCAGUGGUCACCUCGAAACCGACGCACCCUGCUGGGCCGACUAACUCGUCGACGAACCCGACUACCACUGCCACGAUCGUGACUGCGGGGGCGGGGCGGCUGGCCGCGGGAAUGCCGACGGCGUUGCUGUGUCUGUUGGGGGUGUUGCUUUGGAUUUGGUUUGAUUUUAGGCCUUGGAUUUAGUCAUUGUAUAUACUUGCCUUUUUGUGAAAAAAAAAAAAAAAAAAAAAAAAAAAAAACCUUUAGUCUUGCUUGAUUAUGCGAGGAGCCCUCAGCUCGAAUAAUUUCGCAACGCCAUUUUGACAUCUCUAGCGCGGUAAUAAUUAUUAGUAUACAGAAAAGAUUCGAGGGUAUGGGAUGGACCGAAGUAAUUGAUGCAGCCAUAGGCGACACGCGAAAUUUCGCGUGAGAAGUUUGUUCUUCGGCCUACGCAACAAAAUCGAUUCAGCUUGGCGGAGUGGGAAAUGGACUCGGAAGGAGCUGUUUUCAAGUUUGAACCCGACGGACCCUUUUCGGCGCUGAUUUAGCGCCUGGUGCCCCACAUCAAGCGAGCACCCCGGGCCCUGUCGUCACCGCGCUACUUGGCGCAAGCACGCUAAAAUUGUCUUCACCAGCAC